CCCGAGCAUCGGAUGCUUUGGCACUCGCAUCCUCCGAAAGCUGGCUAACAUGUCUACGGAGAAAGGCUUACACGUUAUGCUCAAGAGCUUGACGGCAGACUGGUGGAUGAACGUCCAGCCAGUCAUUCAUACAUUUAGAAAGCUGGAAAGUCUCUCUCUCGUCUUUCUUGAUGAUUUAGAUAAGUCUGCAGCCGCAUUGAUCACAACGCAUCUGCCAAUGUUGGCAAAGAUAUCAGUGGUACAGGCUGAUGACUCUGAAAUUGCUUCCUUUGCAGACUUCGUCUCGGAGCUGCCGCCGACUCAGCUGCGUUCGUUCGACUGCUCCCUCAACCAGACACAGAUGCCACUUUUGAAGGCAAUCGUACGGCAGACUUGUCUCCAGGAACUGACCUUGCAAUUUAUAGUUCGCCCUCCUUUCGAGCUGUAUCGACUCUUCGAGCUGACUGACUUGAAAUCGUUGACCCUCAGCUUCAACUACCAGCCAUCGCCUCAAAUCCGAUUGAGAUUCAAAAGAUGGGCAGAAGAGAGCCGCAGUAAGGUCACAGACUGGCUGAAAUCUUGCAAGGCUCUUAGAAGUCUCCAUCUCUUCCGCUUUCCGGACCUUGUUCCCGCAGUCGCUGAUGCUCUUCCUCACUUACAUCUACGCAGGUUGCACAUUUUCUCGACGGGAUGCUACGAAGACUUCUAUGAAGCACUCGAGACGCAGCAGCUCGAGUAUCUCUUCUUAGCCGAGUGCUCUGAAGAAGGCCUCGUCAACCCUACUUCGAGGUUGAAAGAACGAGGCGAGCUCGUCAUGAAAGCAGUGGCAGCCAUGCCGUGUCUUCGGGAUCUGCGACUACACACUUACUCCACCCUGGACUGCAGUGCGCUAGAUCACAUUGCCAAACGCGUACCGAGGCUCGAAACGUUAUCCUUUGUCUGCCGCAAAGGCGAGAACUCGACCUGGACGCUUCGCGCUCUCGAAGGCUUCAAACACCUCACCAGCUUGACAGUGCUGGGCCACACCAAGUUCUCAUCGCGCGAGAUACUUUACUGGGUCAGCUACAUGCACUGCCAUCAGCGCCCCGGCGGCUUCAGGCUGAGUCUCCCUGCACAAGACCCGCGGUCUUGGUACCGAGGAAUGAGAGCCCCGGCCCAGCUAGUACCUUCCACUAACGACCCGGCGACGGCAACUCUGAAGCAUGUGUUAAAGUGGCUGGCCGUAUUCGGAAGGGAACGCCAUUGGCGAGGCAAUGACUACGAGGCUGAAGAGGAGCGCAUGUUUGUACAGCUUUGGGGCGAUGCCAGGGGCCCGGCUGAGGGACUGCAGCUUCUUAGAGGCUCGGGGCCGUAUGCGCCGUGGCUAGGCUUGAUGCAUAGCACGGGUCUGCCGAUUGCUUGGAGGAGCUUUCUCUAACUCACAACCAAAGUAAUUCUUGUAGCUGGAGCAAGUUGGUAGUUGAAUAAAUCAUGAGUUCACAGGAAAUUCCGAGAUGAACUAUGAGGUGAGGUUGAGUCAAGGCGCAGGAGCUAUGAAGUGUCACACCGCGCCUGCUGCGUUCGAACUUCUGGGGGAAGUUACGUUCUUGGAGUCGCCCCGCAGUACCGAAGUACCCCACGAC